AUGGAGAAUCUGAUUGCAGUUGCCACAGUAGAAAAUAUGCUGAAAAGAUUAUUUUCAAGCACUAAUAUUGAUGCUACUGAGCUUGAGUACUUGGGCUUGGAUGAAGAACUAAAGAAACUACGCGUUUCAGUGAGUAGGAUUCUGUCAUUUUUAGCUGAUGCUGAUCAGAUGGAAUGGCUUCUUUGUCAACCAUGGCUGAUGGAGCUUCAGGACUUGGUAGUUGAUGCUGAUCACGCAGUUGAAGAGUUAAACUACGAGGUCCUGCGAAGGAAGGUUGAGAUUCCGGAGCAGAAAAAGUCGAAAACGAAGAGUAUUAAGGUACUCUCACUCUCCUCCUACUUCUUACCUUCGAGUCCCACAGUUUCUCGUCGAAAAUGUAAGAAAAAACUCAGAAACAUAAAUAAGAAGUUUGAAGGUAUUAUCAAAUUUGCCACCGUUGGCGAUGAAGUUCGCCGCAUUCUAGACAGGACUGUGACUGAUUCACCAGAGGUGGGUAGAAUAGUCGGAAGAGGAGAAGAUGUGGCAAAAAUAGUGGGAAUCUUGACAAUGCAAAGGACGACACUAUGUUCUUCUGCGCUUACCAUUGAGGGACCGGCUGGACUUGGAAAGACGACUCUGGCUUUUCAUGUCUAUAACCAUUCAGAAAUCAGCAGGCACUUUGCCAUGAAAUGGUGGAUUUCUGCAGCUGGUGAAUUUGAAACCAGGGGAAUUUUUAAACUGAUCCUUGAAGAACUGACUGAAAAUUCUGUUUCUGUACACGGGGUGCAUGAACUGGUGGAAAAACUUCAAAGGAUAACGGAAGGAAAAAGAUAUUUGCUCGUUCUAGACAACCUGUAUCUAGAUGACAAUUUCUACGACUCUUUUGUGCACUACAUUUCUCAAAUUGAAUCAAGAGAAGGAAAUUGGUGGCUUAUAACUACACGGGACGCAACAGGCUUGAGAAAUCAUCCAAUGAGUCGAUGUUUGCCUAAUUUCAAUUUUCCAAGAUGGCAUUUCCCAAUUAUCAAUUUGAGUCCUUUGGACGAGGAGAAUUGUUUGGCCAUAUUCAAGGAGCAUGCCUUUGGAGGCCCAGGACAAGCUCUGCAACAGCAAGAGAUUCAGCCUGAAAUUAGAAGGUAUAUUCUGGACAUUUGCGAAGGUAUACCACUGGCAGCGAAGCUACUUGGGAGCUUGUUGUGUAUGAAGGCAGAUCAAAAACAGUGGUUUUUGAUUUUGAAGCGACUGACUGAUUCAUGUGGAGAUAUGGCACUAAAUUCAAGGUUGGUUUUCUAUCAAAUGCCAUCUUCUUCUCUUAAGAAAUGUUUUGCUUACUGUUCAAAUUUUCCCAAAGAUCAUGGAAUAGACAAGGAACAACUUGUCCAACUAUGGAUAGCUGAAGGUUUAAUUGAACCAGAGGAUGAAAGCGCACUGGACUUGGAGGAUAAAGGCUACGAGCUUUUCUACAUUUUAUUACAUCAUUGCCUCUUGGAAGCUGCGAAGAAGGACAUAUAUGGAAAUGUAACACAUUGUAGGGUGCCUGAUGCUCUUUACAGACUUGCAGUGUCACACUCAAGAUAUGAUAGCAUUGAUUCGGAGAAUCCUACAAGAAAAGAUACUCUGGUGAGAUAUCUUAGGGCACAGUCAAUUGAGCAAGAUGAUAUUCCUGGGGAAUGCAACCUUAUAGUGCACUCAAUGGAUGGAAAAAUUCAGAGAGUUGAAGCAUCUAGGAUGCUAAAUGUUAGUACAUUAAUUUUGAAGAGCAACAUAUCUGAUGACUUGCUAUUGAACUUCAAAUUCUUGCAUGUUCUAAAUCUGUCUUAUGCAGAUAUUGAGGAAUUGUCAUUCUCAAUUGGCAACCUGGUACAUUUGAGGUAUGUUGACCUAUCCGGGAACAGAUUCAAAGUCCUGCAUGAAUCGAUUUGCCUACUCUACAAUUUGGAAACCUUGAGGUUACUCGAAUGCCCUUCUCUCAAGGUACUCCCCAUGGAUAUUUCAAAUUUGAUUAGCUUGAGACAUCUUCACUUUUACUAUGAUGAAGAGUUUCAGAUGCCACCAAAGAUGGGACUGUUAACUUCGCUUAGGACAUUAUUGUUUUACAAUUUGGGUCUAGAAAAUGGUCAGGGAAUCAAGGAGUUGGGAUAUCUGAAGAAUCUUAGAGGCAAAAUUGUGAUACGCAAGCUUGAAUUAGUAAGUAGUAAAGAAGAAGCAGAGUUUGCAGACUUGUUUGGAAAAAUACUAGUUUAUGAGUUGGAAUACCACUGGAGCGACAACAGAAAUGGCAUUGGAAAUGAUCGAAUUGUCCUGGAGGGCCUCCAACCCCACCCUGAGUUAAAAAGCUUGACCAUAAGAAACUACAUGGGUUACGAACUUCCUUGGUGGGUUGUGAACAUGCAAGUGAAGCGAAGUUUCCAGCUGGACAACUUGAUGGAGCUCAGACUGAUAAACUGCAAAAGACUUGAAGCGCUUCCCAUGCUCGGGCAAAUGCCAUUUCUUCAGUAUCUUGAGCUUAGUGGACUAGCCAAUGUAACCCGCAUUGGUCAGUCUUUCUAUGGUGCCAAUUAUUUGGCUCUACUGAACAGAAGAAAUGGCAUACCGCAAACCACAAUAACAGUAUUUCCAGCACUUAAAAGACUGAAACUGGACAGCAUGCCCAACCUCAUUCAGUGGAUGGAAGCACAAGUGAGGCCACCUAUUGAAGUAUUUCCUUGCCUAGAGAAAUUGACUAUUCAGUAUUGUCCUCGAUUGUCAACUAUGCCAUACCAUUUCCCUGCUGUUAAGGAAUUGAAGAUUCCUUUUCUUGUUCACAACAGCACGCCGUUAGCAAACAUAUGUUCCAGUGUGACCACUCUGACUGAACUCUGCUUAUAUGGCAUAUCGGAGGUAACUUGCUUGCCUAAUAGCUUAUUUUCUUCCAAUCCGAAGCUUGAGAUUUUGUGCAUUUCUAGCUGCCCCAAUUUGACUCAUGUUGUGCCAAGUUUCCACAAUUUUGGCACUUCUCUUCGUCAAUUCUCUAUUAACGGAUGCAACAGGCUGAGUGAAUUACCACAAGGUCUAAAUCACUUGUCUUGUCUUGAAUCAUUGUCCAUAGAAGAAUGCCAUGAUCUCAAAUCCUUACCAGAUGAGCAACUCAAGUUCCUUGGGUUCCUGAAGAUUGCUUAUUGUGAUGAAUUGGGCCAUUUGCCCCAUCAAAUGAUCAAAUCUGCAAUAAACCUAAGGUCCUUAAGGGUUUCUCAUUGCCCCAAGUUGUGUUGUUUGCCUUUGCAUUUGGAUAAUAAGACUCUUCUCUCAUCCCUCUGGAUAUCAAACUGUCCCCAAUUUUUUAGUGUUCCAGAAGACCUAAGGCUUUUUUCUUCUCUAAAAGAAUUGCGUAUUGGGUGCUUCUCUGAUUCGGUUCAGUUCGAGUCAUUUAUUAGACAAGGCAUUCCUAACCUACAAGAGUUGCAUACCAUGGGAUUAUAUGGCUUGCCACAAUGGACAAAACUUCCUCAUGAGCUCCAACAACUUCAAGCCUUAAGGUUACUCUUCUUGAGUGAUUUUGGAAUAAAAGCUCUGCCCAAUUGGCUUGGGAAACUUUCUUCACUUGAAGAAUUAGGUCUUUACAGGUGCAAGAAACUCAAGGACAUGCCUUCUAAUGAAGCCAUGAAGAGCCUCACCAAAUUGAUGCGUCUGUCCAUAUUUGGCUGUCCAUUAGUUAAGAAAAAAUGCUUGCGACAUUAUGGCCCUGGAUCUGGAUGGUCAAGCAGAAAGUUCGAGCUUUAUACAGAUUGA